UCUGACUGUGAGUCCCAGCAGAUCUCAGAUGUUUCAAGGACAGCCUGUCUCUCUGAGCUGUGAGGAGGACGACAGCUCUGCUGGAUGGACUCUAAGGAGGAACACAACCAGAGAAACCAGGACUCAGUGUGGAGAUAGCUGGGGAAGACCUGCUGGUUCUUCCUGUAACAUCAGCUACAUGGUCCCAGGGGACAGUGGAGUUUACUGGUGUGAGUCCAGAGAGGGAGCAACCAGUAACAGCAUCACCAUCACUGUCCCUGGUGGACCAAUGAUCCUGCAGAGUCCUGUCCUCCCUGUGAUGGAGGGAGAAGACCUCGCUCUGACGUGUAAAACAAAGAGGUCCUCCAACCUCCCAGCUGGUUUCUAUAAAGAUGGCUCCUUCAUCAGGACUGAGCCUGCAGGUCACAUGACCAUCCACCAUGUUUCCAGGUCUGAUGAAGGCCUCUACAAGUGCAACAUCAGCAGUGUUGGAGAGUCUCCACCCAGCUGGGUCUCUGUCACAGGUGAGGAGGUUACCUUUGAUUUCAGGAGUUCAUUCAUCCAGAUAUUCACCUGACAGCUGAUUCUCUCUACAGAGAAACCAAAGACCAC